AUGUCGAGACUACAUGUUGCUUAUCAUGCCUACUCCUACUUGUCUGCCUAUACAAUACAUUCACAUCGCGCGCGCCGCACAUACAGACAGACCCUGGUUGUUGUACCUUGGCCGCCUUCAUUGCAGGCAUCCGAUCAAGCAGGAGCUCCAGAAUGUCCCUGCAUAAGCAACAGCUCGGCCAUCUACGAGCAGCUUCGAACUGUCCUGGUGGCAGGCGGCUUUCCGCCAGACUAUGGCGCCACAGGGUGCAGAGCAUACGCUGCAGGCACUUCUCUGGAUGGCUGUAGCGGGGAGGACGCUCCAGCGCACUGCUCCAACCCAUGGUGCUACGUGGACAUGUCAGUGUGCCCUGUGAACGAGGACCUCUGUCAUGCAGCUGGAGCAGCAUUGGGAAGUGACAUCUCUCCAUACUGCCGAACUCGGCCGCGAGACUACACUAUCCUGUUGAACAUGUCGGUAUACUACAGCUACGAGACGUGUGGUUCUGUGAACCUCUACGACCCGACGAGGCAUUCCAAGGAGCUGGGCGGAAACAUCCUCCGUGCCGUUGUCGCUCCCUAUCCGCCUUGGGUAACCCAGCGCAACUCAUCCACUGGUAAUGUGGAGUAUGGCGGGCCGAGCUACGAUUUUUUUCAGAGCGUUCUGAACUUGUUCGAUCCCCCUGCGCAGCUGAAUCUGCUCCCGGGCUGGGCCACGGAACAGUCUUUGCAGAGGUUCCGCAGCAGCUACACCGCAUGCGUGCACGAUGUCGCAGUUGGAAACUUCGACAUUUGCAUUGCAGACUUGUGGCUCACGCCGAAUCGCCAUAGAUUGGCUUGGUUCCUGCCAACAAUCCGGCAGGACCUGUUCUACUUGGUCGUGCCACGAAAGUUCGACGAAGUAACCUUACUGUCUUAUUUGCAAAGGCCUUUCCUUCCCUUCACGCCAGAUGCUUGGCUGGGGGUCUUCGCCUUUCUUUGCGGUCUCUCGGCGGUGCUCUGGAUCGUGCGGCUUUGUGAGACGCCCGCCAAAGAGAGACAAGGCUGCCAGUGGAGCUUGCAGGAAUUGGGGAACUUCUUGUUCAACACUUGGCACGAUUUCCUUCUGGGCCAGAGCAGUCACGAGGUCGAAAGAGGCCUAGCGCACAAGCUGUUCAGCCUCGCGUUUUCCUUCUUCAUCCUCGUCACACUUGCCAGCUACACUGCGAGCCUGGCAUCUAUGCUUGUAGUUCAGCGAGAAGCUUCUGGGGAGAUCAACAGCAUCGACGAUGCCAUCACAGCCGGCGUCCCAAUCUGCGCACCCGCAGUUCUGACACCAACCUUCAGCACCUUGUUCGGGGCCGCCACCUUUGUUGACUGCGAUGCCAUCGCCAAUUGUGCCCGUAUUUUGCAUGCGGGGAGAUGUAGAGCCAUGAUCGUCUCGGAGGAUAUUAUCAGCAGCUUGCACGCCGGAUUGAUCCAGCAAGCCGACUGCGAUGAUGUGAACGCCGGAAGAGUGUCCGAAGAAGUGGGCCGAUGCACGACCACCGAGACUAACCCUGGCAACGCGCGAAACGAUUGCGAGCUUCUGCGUGUGGGAGAUCUUCUUUGGAGCGUGCCUCUGUCUUUCCCGAUCAGCGAUAGGUUGGCUCACGGCAUGUCGUGGGCCGUCACUCAAGCCAUUACUGCCGGGCUCUUUGAACGGGCGAAAGACUCAGAACUCAACAAGGAAGCUUUUCCAUUGUCGCAGUGUACAGUCGUCGAAGAUCGAAGUGAGGAAGACGGUCUCACGCUGGCAGACCUCACCGGGACCAUCGUCAUCUCCAUGUUCAUGGUGGGCUUCGGAUUGGUUUGCUUCACCCUGCAGGUGCUGCGCCGUGAUGGGCGGGAACUGGUGCGACGCAGCCGCACCUUUGGGCAAACACCGGCAGAGCCUGAGGUCUUGGAAGAGGUACGGACCCUGACAGGGCCGGAGAAGUCCUUGGAGACAGCAACGCCAGACGCUGCGACAAUCCCGGGAGUGUCGUGGGAGAAGGAUUCGCAGGAUCCAGACCAGGAGUCGCAAGAUCCAGCGCCGGAUCCCGUACCAAUCCAGGAGCCCCGCGAAAGCAGGGCACAAACAUCUCCUUUGGCAGAGCAAUCGGAAUAUUGCAAGCGUAUUUAG